UCUAUGACAAGUACUGUCCAUGUUUGUCGUAUAUUAUCAGGAACUUCAAGAAUUUUCUUCGAAAGAAUUUGUAAUUUCUUCAUAAAUUUAAUUCUACGCGUUUAAUGAACUUCGUCUUAUUCUCGUAAAAACUGGUCCGUGUCGAUAAAAUAGAAAAUGACGUUAACAGUCGACAAGUUAUUCAAUAAACAAAGGUUUACGGGUGAUAAUUUACUCCAGUUUCUCUUCUAUUUACCUUUGGGACUACUUUUGAUGAGUUUAAGAAUUAUUUUGGGAUUGAUAUUAUGGAUAGCUGCAAUUAUCCUCCCUGAUAAAUCUGGUGUACGGCAGAUGUUGUCCACACUCGCUUGCUGGACGUUUGGUGUGUAUGUAAAAUUGAAAGGCAACAGGGAUCCGCGCUGCAGCGUGAUGGUGGCCAAUUAUGUGUCAUGUUUGGAUUCUCUUGCGGCUUCACAUGUUCUUGGAACUAUUAGUCUAAGAAAAUGGAAAGUACCACCAUUUUUUGCCUCAACUCUUGGUAUAAGAAAUGCAUCGCAAUUUAUAAGAAAACAACACUUUGCUGACAGUCCGAGCAAGCCCAUCUUGCUGCAGCCGGAAGGAGGGCCCACUAAUGGCAGGGCUUUGCUCAAGUUCACCGACUGGCCUUUCCCUAUUGGCAACAGGGUGCAACCAGUAGCUAUAAGUAAGUUUAUAAUGGCCUUUUUAUUACUGUAGCCGUCGUUUUAUCUA